AUGAACGGCCGCGGUCCCCUGCUUGCCGUCAUUCUAUUGCUGGCGCAUGCCGUCGUCACAUCCCAAGGUGCAGCAACGGGAGCAGCAGAGGUAGCAUGCAUGGGAUCGGCUUGCACACUGCAAGUGUCAGCCUCGCUCCCUCCAGAGCGCACGCUCUUUCUCGCCCUGAACCACCUGCGCUACGCUGCGGGAGCGCCGCCCCUCUGCAACUCCACGGUGCUGAGAGCAGUCGCGCGCGAGUGGCUGCGCAACCUGUGGCUCGCGGGACUCACGCCUGACUGCCGGAACGGGUCCCUGGGCGCUGUUGCUACAGCAGGUCUUGGCACAGAAACGCCUGAAUGCUACCAAGCACCUCUGCUCCCCCACGUGCGCAAAGAGUACACCCGCUACACUCCAUUCAUCACCUCGCUAUAUUCCCUCUUUGGAACCAGCACCAAGUCAUCGAACCUGCAGAGCUUGCUGUCUAGUGAUACUGCCGGAGCAGCGGAUGAAGCAGCUAGGGCAUUUGUGCAUUCCACAUUCGCAAACCUCCAUUCCUCUUCUUCCUCCCCCGCUGCAUUAAUCGACUACUUAUUCUCCGAUGUGGGAAUUUACAUCAUGGAAGGCUCGGGCAUACAGGAAGAGUCGGAGCCUCUGGAGGAUGAGACAAGUAGUACAAGCACAGGAAGCGUGCAUGGAGGAAAUAGCAGUAGUAGUGGUGGUGGUGGUUUAUCUUCCCCAUCGAAGGGCGUUGAGGUAGAGAAGGUUGGGGAGCACAACUGGUGGGUGGCCAUGGUUGUUGGGCAGAUGGGAGCAGGCUUGCAGUCAUUCUGUGAGGUUCGGGGCCAGGUGGUCAGCCUUCCGGGCCGUGCUAUUUUGGUUUGA